AUGCCCACAAUAGAGAAGGUCUUCCCGGGGGAGGGGAGGGACAGAGGGGGUAAUGAAUUGGUGAUUAAUUUUAAUGGACAACUGUUUGGUCUCUGCGAACAGAUAUUCAAAGUGAACGUCAAUAUAGAGGACGAGUCGCUGAUAAACAAGAAGUUGCCGAAAGAGCUGCUGCUGAGGAUCUUCUCGUACUUGGAUGUGGUCUCUCUGUGCCGUUGCGCUCAAGUGUCGAAGAGUUGGAAUGUUCUGGCAUUGGAUGGAAGCAAUUGGCAAAGAGUGGACUUAUUUGACUUCCAGACAGAUAUCGAGGGACCGGUAGUGGAGAAUAUAUCGCGCCGUUGCGGCGGUUUUCUCAAGCGAUUGAGUCUUAGAGGCUGUAAGAGUGUGACGGACGCCGCUCUUCGGACUUUCGCUCAAAACUGCAAUAACAUCGAAGAACUCAAUCUGAAUGACUGCAAGAAGUUAACGGAUAUAACCUGUCAGAACCUGAGCGUCCAGUGCUCGAAGUUAUUGCACUUAAAUCUGGGCUCUUGUAGUGAAAUCACUGAUCUCUCACUCAAAUCACUCGGUGAGGGGUGUGUGAGUCUGGAGCGCAUAAACCUAUCCUGGUGCGAACAGGUGACCAAACAUGGGAUCCAAGAGCUGGCGAGCGGGUGCGCCAAACUCAGUGCCUUCAUUAGCAAAAUGUGUCCUCAGGUUAACGACGAGGCAGUGAUAGCAUUGGCCAACGGUUGCCAUAAUCUACAAGUGCUUAACCUUCACGGCUGUUCGGCCAUCAGUGAUGACAGCAUGCAGAGGAUCGCACAGAACUGUCCAAAUAUGCAUUACUUAUGUGUUUCCAAUUGUUCUAAUCUAACCGAUGCCUCAUUGAUAGCGUUAGGACAGGGAUGUCAUUCGCUUAAGACACUCGAAGUCUCGGGUUGUACUCAAUUCACUGACACUGGGUUUCAGUCUUUGACGCGAAAUUGUCACGCAAUCGAAAAGCUAGAUCUCGAGGAAUGUGUUCUCAUCACAGAUUCGACUCUUUCUUACUUAUCGGUCGGCUGUCCUCUACUCGAGAAAUUGAGCCUCUCUCAUUGCGAACUCAUUACAGAUGAGGGCAUCAGGCAUUUAGGCACCAGUGCCUGCUCUUCACAACACCUCUCUGUUCUUGAAUUAGACAACUUUUGCAACGAAUUGAGUUAUACGACUGUCAACUCAUCACCAGAGCUGGCAUUAGAAGAUUAA